UGGCGUGCGGCGCCACCGUGGAGACCCGGAGAGUCAGCCGGCGGCCUGGCAAGGGGGUAGUGGGAGGGAGCGGCAGCCGCAAGGCGCAGGACAAGGGUCUGCAGGGCGGCAGCCUUUCAGGACCAGCCUCGCCGAGACCCUGACUGGGUCUUAUUGGUGGCAAGGCGGCAUCCCCGCGCACACCAAAGAGGAGGCGGCUUUGGAGGCAGCGGCGGCCCCAGCCAUGCUGUGCUAUGUGACGAGGCCGGACGCGGUGCUGAUGGAAGUGGAGGUGGAGGCGAAAGCCAAUGGCGAGGACUGCCUCAACCAGGCAUAUCUUUUUCUUGCAUAUCAAGGAGGCCCUCCAGGCUGGCCAUCUCCAGUGUUCCCCAGAGCAGGCAGUGGAACUCAGUGCCCUUCUGGCCCAGACCAAGUUUGGAGACUACAAUCAGAACACUGCCAAGUACAGCUACGAGGAGCUGUGUGCAAAGGAACUCUCCAGUGCCACCUUGAACAGCAUUGUUGCAAAGCAUAAGGAGUUGGAGGGGACCAGCCAGGCUUCAGCUGAAUACCAAGUUUUGCAGAUUGUGUCCGCAAUGGAAAACUAUGGCAUAGAAUGGCAUUCUGUGAGGGACAGCGAAGGGCAGAAACUACUCAUUGGGGUUGGACCUGAAGGAAUCUCAAUUUGUAAAGAUGACUUUAGCCCAAUUAAUAGGAUAGCUUACCCUGUAGUGCAGAUGGCCACCCAGUCAGGAAAGAAUGUGUACCUGACCGUCACCAAGGAGUCUGGGAACAGCAUCGUGCUCUUGUUUAAGAUGAUCAGCACCAGGGCAGCCAGCGGGCUCUACCGAGCAAUCACGGAGACACAUGCUUUCUACAGGUGUGAUACAGUGACCAGUGCUGUCAUGAUGCAGUAUAGCCGAGACUUGAAGGGCCACUUGGCAUCUCUCUUUCUGAAUGAAAACAUUAACCUCGGCAAGAAGUAUGUCUUCGACAUUAAAAGAACAUCGAAGGAGGUGUAUGACCAUGCCAGGAGGGCUCUGUACAAUGCCGGCGUUGUGGACCUUGUCUCGAGAAGUGACCACAGUCCUCCAAACUCUCCUCUGAAGUCUUCGGAGAGCGGCAUAAACUGCAAUAGCUGCGAGGGCCUCAGCUGCCAGCAGACCAGAGUGCUCCAGGAGAAGCUGCGUAAGCUGAAGGAAGCCAUGCUAUGCAUGGUGUGCUGUGAGGAGGAGAUCAACUCGGCCUUCUGUCCUUGCGGCCACACCGUGUGCUGUGAGGGCUGUGCCGCUCAGCUCCAGUCAUGUCCGGUCUGCCGGUCGCGGGUAGAGCAUGUGCAGCACGUCUACCUUCCAACCCACACCAGUCUUCUCAACCUAACUGUCAUCUGAUCUGUUGUGCACUUACUGGACAGGCCAUGUUUCUGUGAACUGCCCUAUUAUUAACUAUAAAAUGAUAGAUCGUGGAGUAAAAUAAAUACUCCGACACCCAUCUGCCAUGCAACGUUUAAGAAAGAAAAGGAAGAAUAAAAAGAAUACGAUACUCCUCACCACCAAAACACAUGAGCAGCUCCAGUGGUGGGGACCAGGAAGACCUCGGGACACAGACACAUUCCUCAGAUUUUCAUUCUUUUUAUGAUCAAGUAAAGGAAUAGUAAAAUCUCUGAUGUCAGUUAAGUGGUGACAUAGCCAAAAAGUGGGUACCGGUACCUUUUAGGAAGUGAUGUUGUAAGUCUCCUUAAUGUAUCCCAAGGUAAGUUUUCUACUUAACAGCCAGUUUGUAGGAAUUGGUUUGAAGAAUUUACUUGGUUGGUUUUUUUUGUUUGUUUGUUUUUUGUUUGGUUGGAUUUUUUGUUUUGUUUUUGUUUUGUUGUUACUUUGUAUGGUCACAGAGCUCUGAACAUUUUUAACAGGAAGAUUUUUCUUAAAGAAAUAGUUGUCGUUUUAAUGUCACUUCUGUUUUUAUAACUCGUUUAAGAAUUAUUGGGAAGCAAACAUUUAAAAAUUAAUUCUGUGGCUUUUAAAAAAAAGUUGACAGCAAAGUGGUCAGAUUUAAACCAGUCUGGCUAGUAGAAAACAGAUAACUCAACGUGGGUGGCUUCCUGUUCCCUCCCCAUCUCCUUACCCCCAGGCCUUUCAAUUAUAAAGUGCUACCAAUUUGGUUAAAAGAUUUCUGUGGAAUAGUCAGCACUCCUUGGGCCUCUUGAGCUGGUGGAAUAUUUUAAGAUCGAAAAGGGAGUAUGCCUU